UGGGUGGUGCCGCUCCCUCCGCGAAACUCUAUGGUGCCGGGCCCGGGAGCAGCAGCGCGAGCCGCUCUGCCCAGGCCCAGACAUGGAGGUGAAGGCAGAGGUGCCCCGGCUGGAGUACAUCGCCGUCUCGCUGAAGUGCGAAGCAGAGGAACCAGUGCCAAUUGCAGCCUGUGCCCAGCUCUGUGCCCCCGUGGGUGGCCUCGCCCCCGGGGUCAAGCUGGAGGAGGCUGACAAGGAGCCUCUAGACAGAGGGGGAGCACCAGCAGAGGCAGGGCCCGGUAGGGCCUGGCAGCAGGAGUACUUAGUGGGAGACUGCCCGGGGCGCGGCGGGGCCGUGUGCAUGGUCUGUGGCACCUUCCUGGGUACCUGUGGGCCGAGUGCUGCCCGGGAGCAUGUUCUGCAGCACCACGCCCACUCACUGAGCCUCAGCCCGGAGGAGAAGCGCAACAUUUUGGAGGCGUGGAGCCAGGGGGGCAACAUGCCCGAGGGGGCACCCCCACCCUGCACCCCAGGUCAGUACCAUGGGGCCAGGGAACCGGCCGAGAUCGAGGUUCUAAUUGACCCAGAGGAGCAGACGGUGACCCGGAAACGUGGGCAGCCCAGAGGGCGCCCUGCCCCCCGCCCAGAUGCUAGGGCCCCGGAGCCUGGGCAGCGCCCGCGGGGCCAGAGGAGACGACAGAGCGUGGGGCCUGUGGAGGGCAUGGCACUACCAGCCAGGGAGCGGAGGAGCAAGCAGCUGAGUGAGGGACGAGACAGGGGCACCGUGAGUCCAGGGACAACGUCCCCCUCAGAGGAGGCUGCCCCCAGUUCAGCGCCCCCCGAAAUCCGCCUCUUCACUGACGGUUCUUUCCCAGCCGGAUUCACGCUCAGGCUGUACUGCAGACCCCAGUCAGCUUCUGGAGGGAGAGAAAUAAGGAAGAAUCCAAGCAUCCAGGAACGGAAAAGCCCAGGGGACAGGGGCAAAACCCAGGCACUGGGGAAGAGACAGAAGCAGCUGGGCAAAGCAGGGACCGUGAGACGGGGCGCAGGGAACCCAGUUGGCAACUGCCCCGUCUCUGCGCUGCCCAGCCAGGAUCUGGACCCAGGUGUCCCCCGCCUCCGCCGCAAGGGCUAUUCUCACCAUGGCAUCACCCGGCGCCUCCGCCUGAGCCCCAGCACUGUCCGCUGCACCCUGCAGAGCUGGCAGGCGCGGGGCAAGGCCCCAGCAGCACCCUCCCCACCCCAGGCCAAGCCCUUUGACCCAGCAUGGCGUGCCGACUUCCUGAUGGACUACGAUGCCGGUGCUGGCACCAUGGUGUGCAUGGUCUGCGAGUACUCACUGGUGCCUAUUCGAUUAGGCACCGUCAUGCGCCACAUCCGCCAGUGCCAUGCCGAGACCCUGCACCUGCCUCGGGGGGUGCGCCGGGCCAUUCGUGAGGUGUGGGAGACCCGGGGACCCGUCCCCGCUCCACCCCAGCAUGGGGCACUGAAGGGGGAAUAGCGACCCAGGGACCUGCCCCUGCUCCACCCUAGCACUGGGCGCUGCAGGGGAAGGAGUGAGGCUGAGGGGGGCAUAGGGACCUGUCCCCACUCCACCCCAGCAUGGGGCGCUGAAGAGGGAAUAGCGACCCAGGGAUCUGCCCCCGCUCCACCCCAGCACGGGGCGCUGCAGGGAAAGGAGUGAGACUGCGGGGAGAAUGGGGACCUGUCCCCGCUCCACCCCAGCAUGGGGCGCUAUGGGGAAGGAGUGAGGCUGAAGGGGGAACGGGGACCUGGGGACCUGUCCCUGCUCCACCCCAGCACAGGGCGCCACAGGGGAGGCUGCCCACAUACUGCCGGGGGUGACCUGCGGGGGGGCAGGAGCAUCUUGGGGGGGUGAGGUAGGACGCUCCCGAUCGACCCAGCCAUACAGGGAUACUGAGACACACCCCCAACCCUCCCCACUAUAGGUGUCCCCUACCCUAUAGAAUUGGCCUUUGAUCUCUGCCUCCUUUGUCCAGCAUUCUCCCUCCAUGCCUGGGGGGAUCCAGCGCCUCCUUGCCCCCUGGCACUGUUCCCCUUGAAAUACCUGUCCUUGUGCCCCCUGCCAGUGGGGGCAGGGAGUGCUGGGGCACAGUGCCAACUGGCCCUCCCUAAGCUGCAUUAUAGCCCCAACUGCAGGGGGCAGCAAGCUCCCAUCUCUCCCACUCCACCCUUGCCUAGGCAGGGGUGGGAUGAAUGCCCCCUGCAAUUACCCAGAGCAGCCACAUGAGGGCACCCCCACAGAAUGUAAAUAGAGCCAGGAGCAAUAAAUUAUUUUUGAUGAA